AUGACUCCAUUGUUACUUCAACGACUUGAAGUUAAUACGGAUAUUAAUAGUUGGAUCAAUGAUUGGAGAUAUGCAGUAGAAUUAUUGACUAAUAUUUUAACAUUAUCAGAAUCAGCUCUGAGGAACAGAUUAUGUGAUGACCGACAAAUUGUAGAGCUUGUUGAUAACUUUCUUGAUAUUUUUCCGAAAAAGUGGCGAAAAGAUGAGAUGUUAAGUAUGGCAUUAAAUCGAAAUCUGAAAUCGGAUCAUGGAGAAGAAAUUCGUGCUGUUAUUAUUGAAAUGUAUACAAGCAUUUUAAUGCUUUUCUUGAAGCUUGCUAAAGAGUUUGUUGGCAAAAACAAUAAUCAGAAAAGUGUUCUCUUCGAUUUAAAUAGAUUAUCUCGUGCAAUUGUAAUAUUUAAAACGUCAAAUCGAAAUGCUGUCGAAAAUAUCGUCACAGAAGCAUUUGAUGCGAAACAGUUUACAGAAAAGGAUGUUGAAACAUUUAUCGAAACUAUAGGACAAGAAUUGAUCGACUGCAACAAUGAUGUUGCAUUUUCUAAAAGCAAUGUUAAUAAAUUGGAAAAAUUUUUGGAAAAAUGUUUAGUUGGAUUUGAAGGAUUAACAGUUGUUGCAUCGUUAUUGUUUAAACAUCUAUCACAAGCGAUCUUAUGUGAUUUCUUGAAUAGCAUAGCUCUUUUCGUGGAGAAUUUGGAAGAGCAUUACUGCAUAGAGCAAAUGAUGAAUAUGGCAACAGAUUUGCGAAAAACAUUUGGAGCAAUGUUAGCCUUGGUAGAUAACGUAAUAGCUUCAGCAUAUGCUCUUUUUCACACUAUAAUUGGCUGCAUUACUUCAGUGGAUGAAUUACAUGCUGCUAUUGGUAAUUGCUUGCAGUAUGAAAGAUUUAUUUUUUACUAUAGUAUUAUUUAUCCAAUCGAGGAAACUCUUAAUCAAUGUGAUGAAGAACAAAAGAUGUAUAUAAAUACUACCCUUGAACAUAUCAGAGGGAAUUGUAUCACGCACAUUUUGGAACAAUUGAAAAGGCGUGGUAUGCUUGUUGAUCUUGGAUCAUCGACUACCCAGGAAGUACAGGAAAAAAUCGAUUAUCUGGUUGAACUUUUGCCUCACUUUUCGCCCCAAUUUAUCCAU